UCCUUCUAACUUCCUUGUGCGCACUGACAGAGAAUGAACAAACAGCAAUUCAAAUUCACCUAGUCUUAUCAGUUUAUUAAUAACAGACAGUAAUUAUGAAUCCAUGCGUUUCCUAUAUUGGUUUUGGAUAUUGAGUAACAGUCUUCUGAUUCCUCAAACUUGUCAGUCAUUUGGAUUCCAUGGAAAACAGAGGUGAAUAUGUAAUGUUUUCAAAAGAGACGUGCCUGUUGGACACCGCAUCAGAGAAACUGAGGAAAGAACUGGAGGAAGAGCUGAAACUCAGCAGCAACAACAUACAAAGUCAUGGCUGGUACCAUGGACGUAUACCUUGGGAGGUUUCAGAGUCUCUGGUGUUACAGGAUGGGGAUUUCCUGAUUCGCGAUUCUUUGACCAGUGUGGGAGAUUACGUCCUAACCUGCCGCUGGAAUCAGAAGCCCCUUCACUUCUUGAUCAGCAAAGUUCUGCUCAGAUCCUGCGACACAUACACACGAAUGCAAUAUGUUCUGGAAGGAGAGCAGUUUGACUCCAUUCCAGCAUUGGUACAUUUCUAUGUGGGCGGCCAGACGCCACUUACCCAACACAGCGGGGCACAUGUGAUUUCCCCAGUCAACAGAACUGUACCAGUGCGUUAUCUGGAGACAAUGUUUGGUCAGACUAAUCAGGAGGUGACACCAUUAAACUCACCUGUUCACAGGAAGGGAAGUCUAGUAGCGACAGAGGCUCUGGCAUUUGAGUUAAUAACCCCUCAAAGGGAGGCAGUCAAGAGCUUCGUUGGAAGCUUGGAACAGCAUGUUGUCGUGACCUCAUCCCCAACUCCACUGAACACAAUCUACAGACGUAGAAGAAGUCCAUCACGCAAUAGGAAGUUUGUUGUAGUCCCAUCAUCGCCUGUUUUGCAAAGACCCAACACCAUGCACCUUUGUACCUCUCCAACUGAGAGUGCUGUCAUCUAUUUGGAGCCUACAGACAACAUGUGGUCUCCCAGUGCUGAGUCCAGCCAAAGCACUACUGCGGACCCCAGUGACAUGCAAUCCAACACAGGCAUUUAUCCACACAGCCUUGCUCAUAUAGAGUCACCCAUCAGUGGACAAGAGGACCAGACAGUGCCGGGUUUCAUGGACGAGGACAAUGAGGAUUAUUUAAUGCCACUUGUAAUUGAAACAGCCUCCAGUUUCAGACCCAGCAUGUACCAGUCACCGCUGCUCCCUGCAGAAAAUAAACCACUAGAAGCAAGAGUGUUAAGGAGAGCAAAGGAGGUGCUUGUUGAUGCUGAUACAAAGACGAUGGCCAUGCACAUCACCAAAAUCGACUGCAUGGUUGCUCGCAUAUUUGAAUUAUCCGGUGAGAAUACAAGAGGGAUGGCUGUGAGCUCGGGAAUGGAGCUGCUCACACUUCCACAUGGUCACCAUCUCCGACAAGACCUGCUGGAAAGGUUCUAUACCAUGUCCAUCAUGCUGGCUAUGGUGCUGUUGGGUUGCACGGGCAGUGUGGAGGAAAGAGGUUCCCUACUGCACAGAAUUAUCUCCCUGGCAUCUGAGCUGAAGACUAACUUGGGCAACAUGUUUGGCUUUGCUGCAGUUAUGAGAGUAUUAGAACUGCCACAGAUUGUUCGGUUGGAUGAGACGUGGAUUGCUUUAAGACAACAAUACACAGAAAGUGCAGUUCUGUAUGAGAAGACCUUGAGGCCUUCACUGAAGAGAAUGAAUGAUGGAAAAGAGCUCUGUGACCCAUCUGAGACGACUGUUCCUCAUGUGCUCCCUCUGUUGCUCCUGCUUGAGAAGAGUGCUGUGAUUCUUGAAGAGUCCUGGGAGAGUCUCGACUCUGGAAUGGAUUCUGUGCUGUGUCAUUUAAAUUCUGCUCGUAACAUUGCAUGCCAUGGAGAAACCUACUCUUCUAAUGCCAAGACAAAACUACAGGGUCUCCAUGAGCAGCCAGACGUACUAGAGGUUUUCCUGACUGAGUUCCAGAUGCGUCUGCUGUGGGGGCGCCGGGGAGCAGAGGCGAGCAGGGAGGAGCGCUAUGAGAAAUUUGACAAAGUGCUAACAGCCCUGUCCAACAGACUGGAACCUUCUCAGCAGGCAGAAUGAUACACACUGUACAUGUCUCACUCUGAAACAUGUAUCUUUCUUUCUUUCUUUCUUCUUCUUCUUAUUUUUAUUUUUUUAUGAAUGCCAUGGGCUUACAUAGAGUGAUGCAACUCUGUAUGGUGGAAUAACAUUUCAAAUUCCUUCAAACGUUUAUAUGGGUUUGUAAAUAAUGUAGAUAAAACUACUAUUCGGAUUUGUAUUUCAAAGUAUGAUUAACAUUAUUUUGGUUUACUUCUGUGAAAUGAUCAGUCAUUUCUUUGAGUUGGAUUUUAAAUUAUGUUUAUAUUGUUAUAACCAAUAUAUGCGCUUAUACUGACUAUUUUUUGAUGUCACAACCUUUUUAUUUUCUCAAAUUAAAACCGGCUCAGUUGUGCAUCCA